AAUGCCGCAUACUUGACGGGAAACGCCGGGUCAUCACGCACAAACGCACGCCACAUUUCGUCAAUUGUCAUUUCGUGUGUGUUUGGCACGUCCGUGAACACCCUCUUCCUCCCUCGCUUCUGGGGCGACGGCGGCUCUUCAUGGCUGCUGAGUCCACCUGCUGCGGGGUGUUGAGUGUCUGCUGAGGCGGUGGCAGGGCGGGGAGGCAGCAGGGAGGCGUGAGAAGAGCAGGAGCAGGGGAAGAACAGAGGGCCAGCAGGGCGGGGAUGGAGAAGCCAGCAGUGAAGACCAAAUUUACUGAGUCCGAGCGUGUGCUGUGCUUCCACGGGCCGCUGAUUUACGAGGCCAAGUGUCUGAAGGUGCAAGCCAAGGACAAACAGAUCAAGUACUUCAUACACUACGCUGGAUGGAAUAAGAACUGGGACGAGUGGGUGCCAGAGAGCCGCGUCCUCAAGCUGAAUGAUGCCAAUAUAAGCCGACAGAAGGAUCUCCAGAAGGCCCACGAGGCGUCCCUAAGAAAUAAAAAAUCAAAAAAAGAAAAGAAAAAAUUCCCAAAAGAGCUCACCAAGGAAGGAGGCGGCGGCGGCGGCGUGGGGGCGGCUGGCCCUGGCCCUGGCGGGCUGGCGGCUGGGACAGGAGCAGCGCCCGGGGCGGGGGGGCCGGGGAGCACUACAGGACCCCCCACGGCCCCCUCAACCGGGUCAGGGGCGGGGGAUGACUCCAGGUCCUCCACCCCCAGCACGGACAGGUCAGGUGGUGGCCCGGGGAAGCGCUCGGCGGCCUCCACCCCAACCACACCCGCCUCCGCCAGGGACGAGGCGGACACCAGGAAGAAACGGUCCAGGACGGAUAACACGGUGGAUACAGUGAGUGAGGAACAGUUCAUGACAGCCGUUGAGGUGCGGGUGAGGCUGCCGGACGAGCUGAAGCCGGCGCUGGUGGAUGACUGGGACCUGAUCAACCGCCAGCGCAAGCUCCCCAUCGUUCCGGCCAAGGUCACCAUCGACACCAUCCUGGCAGACUACAUCCGCGCCAAGACGUCCAACAAGAACAUCACGCCCAAUAAGGAGAGUGCCGUGCAGGAAGUGGUCGCUGGGCUCCGAGAGUACUUCAACGUGAUGCUCGGGACGCAGCUUCUCUACAAGUUUGAGCGGCCCCAGUACGCGGAAAUCCUCCAGCAACAUAAGGAUAAACAGGCCAGUGAUAUCUACGGCUUCAUCCACCUCAUCCGCCUCUUUGUGCGGCUGGGGCAGAUGUUGGCGUACACACAGCUUGAUGAGAAGAGUGUUACGUUGCUCAAUUUCCACCUACAGGACUUCCUAAGGUUCAUGGUGAAGAAUCUUGAGACCUACUACAGCAUCCAGGACUACGGUGUGGCCCCCCCAGAGUACCACCGCAAGGCUAUAAGUUAACACGGCCAGUCAGGUGGUGCUUGUACACACAUACACACACACACACACACACACACACACACACACACACACAAAUACACUCCCUCUUUUUUUCCAUCUCUCUCCGAUUCUCUGUCUGUCUCUCUCUUACUCUGUUCCUCUCUGCUAACCACACAGGCACACAUACUUGCACUUGAUUUUAUAGACCUCGUAUUAGUUUCUUCAACAGGAACGUGGCUCUGUUUUUACCUGUUUUUGAAGGCACCGUUAGCUGGUUUUGUUGACUUCUUUUAUUGUUUUAUGGCAGAGUUUUUAAUAAGUUGACUUAGCUGUGGAAAUCCAAUACUUCUGACUCUUACUUCAUACCAGAACUGAUAUUGUAAAGCCAGUUCCAGAGCCACGUAACUGUUGAUGAGUGCCGAUACGAUGUUUGGAAAGUCCGUCUUCACACCCACGUUCAGUAUUGGUUCUUGUGCCGAAGAGACGCCCAAGUAUUCAGAAAAAGGGAGAUGCACUCGAGUACAGUGUAUUUCAGUCACAUCCCAGCAUGGCAGACAAGUUACUGAUAUUACAAUUUUGGCAGAGAAGUGGCAAAGUUUAUUGUGUCGCAAGGUGUACAUUGCGGCCGCCGGCAUGGGGCGCGGCUCCUCCGCGGGCAGCCGAGCCGCAGCCCGGAACAGCAGACAGAGUACAACAAGUGGACAGCCUAAGUUAGUUUUAUAGUUUUAAGUUUUCUUACCACAAUAAAUAUAACAAUGAGA